AUGUGCGACGCUUGGAGACGCUUGGUGCUGCCGUACGAGAACAUCACCUACAGCGUGUUGUCUCUGGCAGAUAUGGAUGCUGAGCAAGGGUUGGAGCUAUUUUGGCGAGAGUUUCACAAGGUUUCAGGCUGCGACCUGUGCGAAGACCACUUCUUUGCAAAGGUGUUCUAUGACUACCUGUUUGCGCCGAACAUUGAUCAGCAGACUCGACUGCAGCGUUACCAAUCGGUACGCCUUUGCAUCAAGGAUACAGUGAUGCAGGGGCCGGCUUCAUCUGUGGAAAUCGAGAAGAACCACGCAAAUCUCCAG